AGCACAUUGUUUAUAUCCUCCAUAUUGCCUCCAUAUUGGUCCCUAAAUCUGCGGUCCUUGAGCCACUGCCACACAAGGACUAAAUGCUCGGGGCCUCAGUGAACAAAGCCAUCCAUCGUAUAAGCUUCAUCAUAUCAUCAUGGCAGCUGUGCAGUCGAUUCAACCGGAUGAGCCUCCAUAUCCCUCAUUUGAGGAGCUUCGGAGUAAUGAGCAGCGUGUCCUCUUCUCUCCCGCCGCCAGGCGUCUCUACUGGCCUCUAGAAGGCGUCUUCCCUUCGGCAAUAUCUGUCAUGAAGACCGCUCGCAGCGUGGGCGAGCUUGAUCCCUUCUUCAGGCCAGACACCAGCGGCAGCAGUAGUGAUACCUGGCAUGAGAUCUCAUCGCUGCCUCUGACCGACCCAAAGGUCUCUUCUGUUGAGGCUUCACUGCGCGAUCUUGACCAGUGGGAAUCUGAUUGGCUAGCAUGGCAUAGGGACCAUACAGCACCUGAGUUUAACGCCGAGUAUAUCACCUAUGGAGAUCUCAGCGAUGAUGACCGACCAUACGCAAAUGAGCCCAAGGAGGAUGGCAGCUGGGAAGAGGAUUCGGAUACGGAGUUUCUCAUACGAUGUUGCGGAGAUGAUAGACCGCUUGGGAAGAGAGGGUUGAAGAUCAAAGUUACCCCUUCCGCAGGCAACAACUUUAUCACUGUGCAUGACUAUGUAAGUGUCGUGCAUCCAUGGCUCAUGGGCCUGCGUGGGGAUGUUAUACGAGCAAAGGCUGUUGCACGUCCCAUGCCUUAUGUUGAGUUAGGGGUCAACAUUGAAUGGAUGGUCAGCCACCUGACAGCGCCGCAACAUGAAAUAAUGACGAAAGAGUCUUGGACUGAGAUGCAUCGCCCGCCACGCCCCAUGGACGCUGCAACCUCCAGAUUCCUGCAAAGAAUAGGCGCAAGGACGGCCCCGUAAUUUACGGUCUGUCUUGUCGUCUAGUCCAACACUCAACCAUACUGGACACGAAAUUCCUCAUCCAACAUGUAAUAUGGACGUUGAAGAAUUGGUGCUCAGCUCUUCAUAGGAGUUGUGAAGGUGAUCAGGCAAGCGAAGGCCAGAAAAAGCGAGACCGUAAAAUGAAUACGUAUAUACAUUCAGUAAUAU